AAAGAAUAUAGACUAUCGUCAGCAAACUACCGACAGCAGCAUCCAACAAGGGAAGCGAGACUUUCACCACUUUUAGGGUAGUAUAGCAUAAACUGAACGUAAGACUGCCAUCUACAUUGCAACUUUUGUCUCAAAUAAGCCAUGGAUUUAAAGAAAGUGUUAGAAGCCACAGUAUCACCUGACCAAAAUGAGUUACAAGCUGCCCUAAAGUUUUUAGAAGAAGCAGCAGCACAAAAUUUUCCACAAUUUCUCUCUGCUCUAUCCUCGCUGUUAGCAAAUACUAGUGAAUCACCAGUGGUAAGACAAGCAGCUGGUAUUCAAUUAAAGAAUUGUUUGGUUGCAAAAGAUCAUAAUGUUAAACAGGUGUAUCAUCAGCGUUGGUAUGCCUUAGAUGAAAAUGUUAGAAACGCUGUUAAAACUCAGGUAUUUCAAGCCCUUGGGACAGAAACAGCUAAGCCAUCCUCAGCAGCAUCAUGUAUUUCUGGUAUUGCAUCUGCAGAACUUCCACACAAUUUAUGGCCAGACCUGAUGAACAGUCUGUGCAACAACGCAGCCAGUGAAAGCAGCAGUGAGCAAGUAAAAGAAGCUACACUAGAAGCUAUUGGUUAUAUAUGCCAAGAUAUUGACGCGCAAUUUUUAACUAAUUAUGCAGCAAACAUUCUACGCGUCAUUGUAAAUCGUAUGGGAAAUGAAGAAACAAAUAACAACAUUCGAUUUGCUGCAACCACUGCUUUUUUGAACUCACUUGAAUUUAUCAGAGGCAACUUUGAAAAACAGGAUGAUCGGAAUUAUAUUAUGACAGUUUUGUGUCAAGCCACACAGUGCCCUGAAAAAAGGGUGAAAGUUUCAGCUUUGCAAUGUCUGGUCAAAAUUAUCACUCUUUAUUACGAAUACAUGGAGGCAUACAUGGGUCCAGCACUAUUUGCAAUUACAGUUGAUGCAAUGAAAUGUGAUGAAGAUGAUGUGGUGCUGCAGGGUGUUGAAUUCUGGUCAUCUGUGUGUGAUGAAGAGUUGGAUCUAGCCAUUGAAGCUCAAGAAGCCGAAGAAUCUGGAACAGAGCCUCAGUCAUUUAGCAGAUUUUAUGCUAAGGGCGCUCUGCAAUACUUAACUCCCAUUUUGCUUCAUAUUCUAACGAAACAGGAGGAGUAUGAUGAUGAAGAAGAUUGGACACCACACAAAGCUGCAGGAGUGUGUUUAAUGUUGUUGGCAUCUUGUUGUGAUAAUGAGAUUGUUCAGCAUGUACUACCCUUUAUACAGUCAAAUUUACAAAGCACUGAGUGGAAACUAAGGGAUGCUGCUGUUAUGGCUUUUGGUUCUAUUAUGGAAGGUCCAAAUUCAGAAACUUUAAGCCCUAUUGUUAAACAGGGAAUGCCAUUUUUAUUACAACUGAUGAAGGAUAAAAACAUGAUAGUUCGUGAUUCAGUUGCAUGGGCCUUAAGUCGAAUUUGUGAUCAAGUUCCAGAAGUGGCAUUAAGUAAAGAGUAUAUAGAUAAUCUGUUGGACGUUUUAAUUGAAAAUUUAGAAAGUGAACCUAGAGUAGCUACUAAUGUGUGUUGGGCUUUUUCCUCUCUUGCUGAUGCUUCUUACGAAAAUGCUCAGCAGGGUACUGCUGACGAUGACGAUGAGCCAGCUACAACUGUCCUUUCAAAGAAAUUUGAAGCUAUUGUAAACAAAAUUAUUAUCACAGGAGAUAGGUCUGACGCUCAUUUAAAUAAUUUGCGCAGUUCCGCGUAUGAAGCUGUUAUGGAAUUAGUCAAAAAUAGCCCGAAAGAUGUAUACCCUGUCAUUGGGAUGUUGAUUAUGUCAAUUCUUGCUAAAAUGGACGCCAUAACCAAAAUGGAGAAAUCAGGUGGACAAGUUGGUGAUCACAGCCAGCACAACGACUUUAAAUCACUUCUAUGUGCAGCGUUACAGGCCACUCUCCGAAAGUUGAAGAAAGAAGACACACUAAAGAUAGCAGAUAACUGUAUGUCAGCAUUGUUAGAAAUGUUGAAUAUGAGCAAAGUUGGUGGUGUCCAGGAAGACGCUUUUAUGGCUGUGGGAACUUUAGUGGAAUGUAUUGGUGAAAAUUUCAACAAAUACUUCAAGGUUUUUAAACCAUUUCUGAUCCAAGGUUUGCAGAACCGAGCAGAAUACCAGGUUUGCAUCUCUGCUAUUGGUGUUGUUGGAGACUUGUGCAGAGGGAUUGGAGGCGAGAUUGCACCCUUCUGCGAUGAGAUUAUGCAGUCUUGUAUUGAAAAUUUGGCAGAUAAUACAGUCCAUCGUUCUGUUAAGCCUUAUGUGUUAUCUCUAUUCGGUGAUAUUGCUCUUGCUGUGGGAGCUAACUUUAAAAAAUACGCUGAGGUCGUACUAGCUACGCUAUGCCAGGCUGCAGCUGUUGAAGUCGACAAGAACGAUUACGAUAUGGUUGACUACUUGAACGAGUUGCGAGAUGCAUGUUUAGAAGCUUUUACUGGUAUCAUACAAGGUUUGAAAGGAGAAGAUGAAAAUAACGUCAGCCCCGACGUCGAAGUUGUUAAAGCAAGUAUUUCCAACAUCUUAAAAUUCAUCGAUACUAUCGGUAAAGAUCCUGACCGGACAGACAGCUUGGUUGGUGCAUGCUGUGGCUUGCUUGGAGAUAUAUGCACUGCUUUUGGUGCUGAAGUGGUCCCUUUAAUCGACGUGCAAAAUUUUCAAGAAUUGUUGCAAGAAGGAAGGAGAUCUAAAACAGCUAAAACAAAAACUCUGGCAGUCUGGGCAUCCAAAGCCAUAAGAACCCGAAGAAAAUAGUGAAAAAAGAAUUUUUCCCCCGAGUGAGUGAAUGCGAGAGGAACGAACAUGCGAGAAGAGGAUAGCAGACAAACGUUGAACGACAUCCCCACGAACAAACAUUACUUGUGUUAUAUAAAAACAAAACUUGAGAGACGUGUGCGUGAUAUGGUGAGAUAUGGUGAAGAAGAAGCCGAUGACAGAUCCGCAAGAACUAAACCUUUUCCUAAAGAAUCCAACUUUCAAAUCAAAACAAUUUCUCAAUACGCUACUGGUUAAAAUUUAGUAAUAAAAUGGAAAAUUUACGACUUUGUAUAUAUUAUAUCUUCUUGUCCUGUUCUGUUUACAAAUUAUGAUUGAACUAGUGGGAUUUUUUUCUGUGGCUGCUUUUAAAUGGCCACAAAAUUAUCGAUAAAUAUUCUUCGAAAAAUAUAAAAAUCUAAUGCUAUGAA